ACUCAUCCCCGCUUUACACCUGCAAUCACUCCACAACGAUCCCGAUCCUCUAGACGACGAUGAGGACCUCGAAAGAUGUCAGUGACGACAACAAGAUUGAGUUCCAGCUCUCUCACCAGCGAGUGAGGAUCAGUGCAUGGGGUAACAACGCUCUACGAGUCCAAUGCACCAUCAGCCACUCCUUUGAUAACCCAGAAUCGGCCUUGAGCGAACACGUGCCGCAUGCGCAUGUCGAGACGGUCGAGGAUGCUGACAAGAAGACCUACAAGAUCACCAAUGGAGACAUUGUAGGAGAGGUCCGACCCAAUGGUAAACUCGUCUUCAUCAAAAAGUCAACUGGUGCGGUCGUGCUGGAGGAAUUCGCUAGGGAUCUCACCGAUCCGAAGGAACCCAUGAACAGUGCGCUUCAGAUUAGCUCGCGAGAGUUCAAGAGAAAACUCGGAGCCGACUCGAGUCACGUUACUGUUCGAUUUGAAUCCCUUGAUCCAAAUGAAAAGAUUUACGGGAUGGGACAGUAUCAACAACCUAAUCUCGAUCUCAAGGGAUCAGAUCUCGAAUUGGCUCAACGCAAUUCUCAAGCUUCUAUCCCGUUCGCAAUCUCUUCUCUGGGCUAUGGAAUUCUUUGGAACAAUGCAGGUGUUGGACGAGCCGUAUUUGGCAAGAACCAAAUGUCUUUCGAGGCAUAUUCGUCCAAGACAAUCGAUUACUGGGUUGUGGUCGGUGACUCACCAAGGGACAUCCACCGCGCAUAUACGGCAGUCACUGGUAGACCGCCCAUGAUGCCUGAAUACGGUCUUGGUCUGUGGCAGUCAAAGCUGAGGUAUCAGACGCAAGAAGAACUUCUGGGUGUUGUUCACGAAUACAAAAGACGUAAGCUCCCGCUGGACGUCAUUGUCAUCGACUUUUUCCAUUGGCCCAAACAGGGAGAGUGGAAAUUUGACACGACAUACUGGCCUGAUCCAGACGCAAUGAUUGAGGAGAUUCAGUCCAUGGGGACCAAGGUCGUUGUGUCUGUCUGGCCGACAGUUGAGACUCAAGCGGAGAAUUACCCCCACAUGGCCAGGGAAGGCAUGCUCGCUCAACAGGAUCGUAGUCUCCCUGUGGGCAUGGAGUUCCCGACCACACACCUGAUUGAAUUCAUGGACACUUUCAACCCGGCGACGAGGGAUUUUGUCUGGAAUAUCUGCAAGAAGAAUUACUGGGACAAGGGCAUUCGAUCCUUCUGGCUUGAUGUCGCCGAACCGGAGUACAAGACUUACUCAUUUGACAAUCAUCGAUACCAUACUGGACCUAAUCUAAUGGUUGGGAAUGCGUAUCCCAAGCACUACUCUCGCAUGUUCCACGAGGGCAUGUCUCACGAGCUCGGAGACAAGGCUGGAGACAACAUCGUUAACCUGGUCAGAUGUGCUUGGACGGGAAGCGUCAAAUACGGCGCUCUCCUCUGGUCUGGCGACGUCAACAGUUCUUGGCAGAGCAUGAAGUGUCAAUUUGCCGCCGGCCUCAACGCAGGUCUCGCGGGACAGACCUGGUGGACUGUCGACAUCGGAGGAUUUCACGGGGCGAACAUCAAUGACACCGCAUUCCACGAGCUCUUUGUGAGAUGGUAUCAGUGGGGAACUUUUUUGCCCGUCAUGCGAGUUCAUGGAAACCGUGAACCUACCCAGCCUCGACACGGUACGACAGGGGGCAGUGAUUGUCCAUCUGGCGCUCCGAACGAGAUCUGGACAUACGGCGAGGAGGUCUACGAGAUCUGUAAAACCUAUCUGGCAUUGCGUGAAUCCAUGAGGUCCUAUGUCCGGGAUCUCAUGAAACAAGCGCACGAGAAAGGUGAUCCAAUCAUCCGAACUUUAUUCUUUGAAUUCCCUUCCGAUAAGCAUGCGUGGUCCGUCGAAGAUCAGUUCAUGUUUGGUCACAAGUACCUCGUAGCACCCAUUUUCGAACCUGGAGUCAAACAGAGAACCUUGUACCUUCCCAGCGGCGCCAACUGGCAUCAAGUCUCGGCAGAAGGCAAGCAAGGAGAUAGCUUCGAGGGAGGCAAAGAGGUGACCGUUGAUUGCCCGCUCGAUUGCAUGCCUGUAUUCGUCAGAGAGGGAUGAAUAGUCCGAUGCAUAUAGCUGUC